CUUAAUAACUCAGCAUACUUACAUCUGUCAAUUAAAAUAAUCAGAAAAAAGUUCAUCUUGGACCUUGUUCCACAGUUCCUCUACUUCGUCUUCUCUCAUCCAUCUUCUUCCCCCAACUACAAGUUUUGCAUUUUUUUUCCAAUUCAAUACAAAUUACUGUGCGCACAAUUUAGCAGUCCACUUCGGCACCGAUAUUCUCGGCUUAAAAAAUUUGUUACAACGUGAACAAUACCUGCAACAGCCAACACGAACAAGAAGAUUUACCAAGAAAAAAGCUUCAAACGAGACAAAAGGACUUCUAUAAAUUACUAUGUAGCAACAAAAUUGAAGGGUUGAAGAGCUAACUGUUUCUGCGAAGCGAUAGGUGAAAGUAGUAGCCAGUGAAAACUUUCAUGGAGCUUGACCUGGAUUCGAUUUUAGAAUCUCAUGUUGAUGACGAUGAUGAUGAUCACUUACUGCAUCAUCGCACUGUUGAUGAAAUUCUCCUCAAUCACUCCUCCUCCUCCUCCUCUUCUUCGCCUUCUCCUCCGUCUUCUCCAUCUGCUUUGCAAGGACACAGUUAUCUAGAUAGCCACAAUCGGUCGGGAGGCUCUUCUUUUCAAUCUCUAAAGCUGCCAUUAGAGUUGCAUCAGACAGAGAUAACAGCUGAGUCAAUUAGUAGUAAACAAUCGAGUGAAUUUUCUUCACCACAGGCAGGCCAGAGUGUGUUGCUACCAUUUUACAGUGGGAUCAUCAGAUCAAAUUCAAAACCAGGAGAUGCCUUGGCUGCAGCUUUCGCUGCAUCGCGAUCCAUUCCUGCUCCUCGUGCAGCAGCUAUUAAAUCCAGAAAAGCAAGCUCCGGAGUGCUGCAAAGGACUUUGGAAAGUGAUGAAACUGAUCCCAUAGCUUCUCCAGCCUGUACUGGUACUGAUGUUUCUGACAAAAGUCUUGACACUUCUGGGCGCUCAGAGUCUUCACAUGAGAUUGGUUCUGAGCAUAUUGGCUCAGAAUGUAACAUAAAGGAUCAGUUUCAAGCUGCUCAAGUUCAACUAAAUGAUAAAGAUAAUUAUGGUAGGGAGGCAUCUACAGCAGAUGCUGGUCAGGACAAUACGAAUACUUCUGAUGCAGAUGAUGUUUCUGUUUUGGAUGAUUUUUCAAUUAAAAGUAAUUUGAAGGAAGCUCUAAGUUAUACUGGAACUGAAGUGGAAUCUCCUAGUAGAACUGAAAAAGACUCAAUUUUUCAUGAUAGCUCUGGGUUGGAUGAGAUUGAAGAUAGACUAGUUCAAUCUCUAUUUGGAGGCGAAGAUAAUGUUAUUAGUGCGGAAAACAGCGAAGAAGCUGCUACAAAGGAGGUACUCUCUUCUCCAGUUUGUGAAUCUCUUUCUGACGAAGAUUUGACUAAAAAGGAUGGUGCAAAACAUGAGUAUGAGAAUAUAAUUCCUCAAUCGAAGGGAGAGGUUAGUUCCAAUGGUGAUGAAACCGAUUCUUUAAGUGAUGCUGCAAUUAUCAUUGAGGAGGUAGUUCUACAGCGAGGAAAUAUGGGGGAUAGUACAAAGCCUCAGAAAAAUUACCACUCUUACUUGAAGCCC